AUGAAUGAGAGCAUAGACGCAGAGAAGCAGGUUUCUGUAGAUCCAAUAUCCAUGAUACAUAGCACCCAUCGAUCAUGGUCAAGUCCCGCUAAACCAUUGCCAUCGUUACCCACCAAAUACAAGUUCCUUAGCACCACCAGCCUUCCGAGUUCACCUCGCAUGGCUUCAUCCAAGAUCAGACCUACUGAUCAUACUCAAAACCCAACACCCCCACCUCGAUCUCCCACCAACAGUCGCCUUCAACGAAGCAAAUCUGGUGGUGAACACAGAUCAUCUGUACCCUAUAGCGCCUUUGAUACUUCCGUGGCUGCUAUUAUAUGUGAACGUAGGUCUUCCACCAAGCCAACUGCAGUUACUGAUGGUCAAGAUCAUCGAAGAACCAUGCCAAAUGAAGCUAUAAAACCUAACAAUGUGGAUUCGGAGUUUAAAUGUGGAGCUCUUUGUUUGUUCUUGCCGGGCUUUGGUAAGGGUAAACCGGUGAGAGCCAGAAGGGUGGAACCAGAAGGAACCAGAAAUGUGAUCUCACAGAGGGUUUCACUUGAGAAAUUUGAGUGUGGAUCAUGGAGGUCGUCGGCCAUCCAAAGCGAUGAUGAUCAGCAUUCAUCUGCUCUCUAUUUUGAUCUUCCGCUGGAGCUGAUACGGACGAACGUGAAUGAUGCUAGUUUGCCGAUGAACUCGGCCUUCGUGUUCAACAAGAGUGUGAAAGGAGUUCUUAAGACGACGGGUGGUGGUGGUGGAUCAGCAGAAAGAAAAUCACAAGAGGGUUGUCGUCGUGUUCGCUUUUCGACGUCUGAUCCCCCGACAUCCCCUUCGUCUUGCAUCACGCCUCGCUUACGCAAGGCUCGGGAGGAUUUCAAUGCCUUUUUAGAAGCUCAAAGUGCAUAAAACUAAUAUACAAGAUGUUGUU